AUGCUCCCGCUCCAGCUCGCAGCGGCGGGUUUCGCGGGGCCCGUCGUGUACGGUCUCGGCAGGGCGCUGUUCGGCCGCGGGAAGCGGAAGGAGAAGCGCGAUGCAGAGCACAAGGAUGGUCGCAGGGGCAGCAGCGCGGUCCCGGGCCUGGACCGCCGCCAGCUGAGCGGAGCGACGCCGUCUCUGAGUCGCGGAGAGAGCCAGGUGGCGGACGCUGAGGACGAGUUCCCGCAGGCCAUCGACUGGCACUCGCGCGUGGACUACCUCGAGAGCGACAUGCGGGAGGAGCCGCCGGGCGUCCCCGCGACGCUUCCGGGCUGCACGCAGCCGCGGAGCAUCUACAUGCUGCACUCAGGCGCGUCGGAGACGCACAUUGUCGCGGACAAGGACCUGGUGCGAACCGAGGAGCCACCGCCGCGGGACGGCGCGGGCACGGACGGCGACAGCGACGCGGAGGACGACGCGACGAGCAAGGCCGUGGUGCCCGCGCCGCCGCGCGCCCAGCCGAUCACGACCCUGGAGGACCUCCUCGCGUGGCGGCCGGGGCCGGAGGACGAGGCGCGGCGGGCCACGACGCCGCUCCCGCGCGACCGUGCGUCGGUGGCGCGCAUGCGGGGCGGGGACGGCCCGCGGCUGCUGGUGUGCCACGACAUGAAGGGCGGGUACCUGGACCAGGACGCGCCCACGCAGGGCAGCCGCGACAGUCGGUUCUACAAGGUGGCGAACUGGGGCCUGGUGGACGCGUUUGUGUACUUCUCGCACGCGCUGGUGACGGUGCCGCCGCCGCACUGGACGAACGCCGCGCACCGCAACGGGGCGCGCGUGCUGGGGACGUUCAUCACCGAGUGGGACGAGGGCGCCGCGAUCUGCAACAAGGUCUUCGAGUCCAAGGCGUCCGCGGAGAUGGUCGCGAGCCAGCUCACGGCCCUGGCCGAGCACAUGGGCUUCGAGGGUUGGCUGAUCAACCUGGAGAACGACAUCCCGCCCACGCUCCUCCGCAACGUGGUGCACUUCCUCUCGCGGCUCCGCGCGCGCAUGCGCGCCGUCACGCCGCACUCGCAGGUCCUGUGGUACGACGCGGUGACCGCGGACGGGCGCCUGGACUGGCAGAACACCGUCAACGGGCGCAACGCGGGCUUCUGGGAGGCCGCGGACGGCAUCUUCGUGAACUACAGCUGGGCGCCGGGCGACCUUCCGGCGCUCUCGGACCGCCUGGGGACGCCCGCGCGGCGCUCCUCGGUGUACAUGGGCGUGGACGUGUUUGGGCGCAACACGCACUACCACGGGGGGCUGGAGACGGGGCGCGCGGUGGCGGCGGCCAUGUCGAUGGGCCUGUCGUGCGCGAUCUUCGCGCCCGGGUGGAGCUACGAGUCGUGCGAGGGCGAGGCCGCGGCGGCGGGGGCGCGCGGGUGGCAGGAGCGCGACGCGCGCAUGUGGCGCGGCAUCCGCAAGGCGCUCCUGGCGGUGCUGGGGCCCGGGUCGCACCGGCCCGUGAGCACGCGGCUGCCCUUCCACUCGUCGUUCUGCUCCGGGAGCGGGCGCGGGCUGUGGUGCAUGGGCGCGAAGGUGUCGGGCCGCCCGUGGUGGAACCUCUCGCUGCAGAGCGUGCAGCCCGUGUGCGGGGCGAGCACCGCGGCGAUGCAGCGCCGCGGCAUGCGCGACCGCGCGGUCACGCACGCGCUCCAGGCGCGCAUCUCGCACAGCGUCGCGUACCAGGGAUCGUCCGCGCUCCAGAUCACGGGCCGCCUGCCCCCCACCGCGCGCGCGGAGCUGCCGCUGUUCCCCACCGCGAUCCCGCUGCGCGGCGUGGAGGGCUCCCGGCGCGCGCCGUGGGACACGGGCUCCUCGUCGCCGACGCCCCGGCAGCUGCUGAGCCCGGGCGGGGACAAGCAGGAGCUCUCGGGGCUGGUGGCGAGCUACACGGCGCUGCUGACGGAGACGCGCGACGUGUGGCUGCUCCUGUGGGUGUCGGUCGGGGGCGAGGAGAGCGAGUACGGGGACGCCGCCGCGGCGGAGGACGCGCGGCGGCGCCCGGGGCAGUCGCACGCGCCGUGGCUGCCGCGCGGCCUCAAGCUGGUGGUGCUGCGCGGGCACUCGGACGCGGACGCGGACGCGCUGGCGCCGCAGGGGGGACGCCGCACGGGCGGCACGCUGGACGGGCUGGAGCGGCUGUCGGAGGCGGACGAGGGUCUGUGGCACGACGGCGGCUCGAUCGCCGCGCACAGCCUGGGGUUGUCCAACGGGGACUCGGCGACCCCCCCCGCGUACGAGUCGCCGUACGAGUCAGACGUGUGCCCGUCCGACUGGACCGACAUCUCCUCCCCGACGGAGAUCGGGUCGCGGUUGAGUCGCGGCGACGUCGACUCGGGCGUGUCCGAGUCCGAGGCCCCCGCGACGGAGCGCGAGCCCACGUUCGCCAUCCGCCAAAACAGCUUCCACCACCACCACCACCACCAUCACCACCGCCACACCCACCACGGGGAGCACCAGCGCGGCGCGCUGGCCUCGCCGCCGGCCAACAGCGCGACGGAGCACGCCCACUCGCAGCUCGGCGGCGUGUCGGGCCUCCGCAAGCAGCGCUCCUUCUCGCUGCCCAACGACACCCUGUACUGGCACUCGCUGCCGGACGCGCAGUGCGUGGCGCGGGACGGGUCGCGCGCGGCCUUCUCGCCGUCGGGCACCUCGGAGCUCGGCGCCCCGCGCGCGGUCGCGCGCACGCUCGGCGAGGACCUGCGGCGCAUGCAGAGCAGCACGCUGGGGCGCGUGGUCACGUCGUACAGCGCGGGGCAGGACGCCAAGCGCAAGGCCGAGGAGAACCUCCCGCUCGCCGCCUGGGUCACGCGCGCCUACCGCAUCUCGCCCGCGGCGCUCCGCGCGGCGCUGGAGCUGCCCCCCGGCAAGAGCCUGGCGCAGUGCACUAUCCGCGGCAUCGGCGUGGCGUGCGUGACGCUGCCGCAGCCGGGCGAGCCGCGGGACCCGUUCGCGGUGGACAUCACCGCGCAGGACCACUCGGCCUUCGCGGCGUACCUGGGCAGCGUGAGCAUCUUCGAGGCCGGGCGGCUGCUGCCGGCGUCCGUCAUGGGCGCGGGGACCAUGCCGGGGCCGCUCGCCGGCGCGGUGCGCGGCGAGCAGAUGGUGCCGGUGCCGCGCGUCGACUGCCAGGACACGACCGUGGUGCUGCGGGAGAAGAAGCCGUCGAAGAAGAAGCAGCGCCAGGCGGAGCGCGAGGCGCUGCUGGCCUCGGAGGAGCAGAGCGCGCCCGCCGCGAGGCCGGCCGUCAAGCACGAGGUCGACUCGCUGUUCCUCAACACGCUGCGGCCCGACGUGCGCGCGUCCGCGAGCGGCGCAGGCUGGGACAGCGACACGGGCGUGGGCCGCGGCUCACCGCACCGCCGGGCGCCGCCGCACGCGUCGGUUAGCGGGCGCCGCGAGUCCGCGUCGGGUGCGGCGGGGGGCGGCACGACGCGCCGGUCCGUGACCGGGCGGGACGCGACGCCCCUGCGCGAGUCGCAGGCGGGGGGGGCGGGCGACGCCACCGCGCGGCGCGACACGAGCACGGCGGGCAUGAUGAUCACCCCGACGGGCCUCGCGUUCCCGCAGGCCGCGCUCCUGCCGCCCCGCCCACGCACCAGCGUCAAGACGGCGGAGGUCGAGCAGGGCCCGUCGUCGCACGAGCUGCCCGAGCUGUCCGGCAGGAGCGCCGUUGACCGCCCGCCGGCCCUGCACACGCGGACGCGCGCGCUCGCGCGGCAUGCCCGACAGCAGUCCCGCGACAGCUUCACGGGUGACGGUGGCGAGUCCGUCGCGCCGGCGCCGGCCCCCCACCGCCUGGGGGUGUCGUCGACCGCGCAGGCCCCCCAGGCGGCGCCGCGGAAGCUCGAACCGCACCUGUCCACGGUGCUGCGCUGGUCGCUGCCGCAGGACGGCUGGCACGUCGCCGCCGACGUCCCCGGCACGGUCCUGGAGUCGUUCCGGCAGAUGUCGAACCCGUCGACGUCGCGGCCGCUGGGGUCGCCGUACGGCAACUCGGAGCCGCGCGCCGGGGACGAGGACGCGUCGCGCAUCGACUUCACGCGCGUGGUGCGGUGCUACGUGUACGCGUUCCAGGGCGCGGCGGUCACGCGCGAGGACAAGCGGAUGGCGCUGGCGGCGCACGCGCUGAGCUUCUGCGUGCGCGGCGGGCAGCCCGGGUCGCGCGUGCUGCGGUACGGCAGUCAGCGGCGGCUGGGUGCGACGCCCGUGCACGGCCCGAUGUCGCUGUCCGCGCCCCGGAGGAGCCCGUCGUCCCUGCGCAAGCAAAAGAAGAAACCGGCCGGGUACGCCGAGGCGUACUCGAUGCGGCCGGAGAGCAGCAGGCACAGCACGCCGGGGAACGACGCGUCAUCGCGGAACCCGGGGCGCCGCUGGUUCGACAAGGAGGCUUCGCGGCUUGGCGGGGAGCCGGCACAGUCCCCGCAGGCAGGACAGCGCGCGACGUCGCCGGGAGCCUACGCCGAAAACGCCCCGCAACCGCCGCCGCUGGUGCCGGAGCCUCCCGCGGCGCCCGAGCUCGCGCCGUGGGAGGCGGACACGGCCCCGCCGGAGGCGCCGCCCGUGCAGGUGCCAUCAUCGUCAGCGCAGCCGCUGGGCAACGUGGUGGACAUCGUGACGCAGGCGUCGGUCGUCAGUCAGAUCACCAGGGCCUCCAUGGAGGAAAUCGCGGCCGAGUCUGCGUCGGAGGGCCGCGUGUCCGUCGACCUGAGGCUCUCGCCGGGCGACGACGACCACGUGCAGGUGCAGAUGCUCGAGGAGGGGCAUCCGCCGGGGGGCGCGGAGGCGCCGGCGCACGCGAACGAGUCGCAGGCGCCGCCGCAGGAACUGGUGCUGAGCCCGGAGCGCAGCCGCUCGGACUCCGGGCAGGACCGCCCUGGUCCGCGCAAGGGCGUGCGGCGGUCCGUGAUGUCGGCGGCCGGCGUGCACCCGCUCUCCGCGGACGCAAAGCACGCGCCCCUGGCCAUCCCGCCCAAGGGCCCGAACGGCGAGAAGGUGACGUUCCUGGGCGUCUCGCACUCGGACCGGUUCGUCGUGGAGGGCCUCAAGCUGCUGCCCGGGUCGCGCUCAGUGGUGUUCGUGGUGCAGCCCGAGCUCGAGUCGGGGCACAUCAUCGACCUCGAGGCCUGCCCGCGGCUCCUGGUGGACGUGUCCACGGUGGCGCCGCCCGCAUCGCCGAAGAAGAAGGCGGCGGUCCCCACGCAGGCGCGCGGGGGGCGCCGGUCGGUGGACUUGGCACGCAAGGCGGGCGCUGCGGCCCCCGAGCGGCUGUCGAUGAGCGAACGUCCGGACUUCGUCCUCAAGGUCUGA